AAAAAGCACUAAUUUUUUGUUGGUUUUUUAUGUUAUUAACACAAAAAACUAAAUAACAAAAAUAAAAACACCGUAGGCCCGGAGAAAAAUGCCUUGCUGGUACUAUGACAAAAAGGAGCUACGCGAGACACCUUCAAUUCUGGAUGGCGUUACAUACGAGACAGAGCGUCGCUAUCGCAAAGAGGGCGCACGCUUCAUCAUGGAAUGCGGUACCAAAAUGGGCCUCGGCCACAAUACAAUGGCCACCGGCGUCGUCUACUUCCAUCGCUUCUACAUGUUCCACUCGUUCAAGAGCUUUCCCCGCUACGUCACCGCCUGCUGUUGUCUCUUCCUCGCCGGCAAGGUGGAGGAGACGCCCAAGAAGUGUCGCGACAUCAUUAAAACCGCUCGCGGCAUCCUCAACGACAACUAUUUCUAUUCGUUCGGCGACGAUCCCAAAGAGGAGGUAAUGACGCUGGAGCGGAUAUUGCUGCAAACAAUUAAAUUCGAUCUGCAAGUGGAACAUCCGUACACCUUUCUGCUCAAGUAUGCCAAGUGCUUCAAGGGCGAUCAGCCGAAGUUGCAGAAAAUGGUGCAAAUGGCGUGGAAUUUCGUCAACGAUUCGCUCAGCACUGUCGUCUGUCUGCAGUGGGAGCCGGAGAUCAUAGCCGUAGCGCUCAUCCAUUUGGCCAGCAAACUGAGCAAAUUCACGGUGCUUGACUGGCUGGGCAGACAGCCGCAUCAUCAGCGCUGGUGGGACAUGUUCGUGUCCAAUGUGACGAUGGAGAUACUGGAGGACAUUUGCCAUCAGGUGCUCGAUUUGUAUCAGUCGACGCAGAAGGAGGGACAGGAGCCCAACAGCCCGCCACAAAAGCCGCCCAGCCGGGCCGACAGCCCAACAACAACAACAGGUGCAGCCGGCGCCGCCGCAGCAUCGGCAGGAGCAGCAGGAACAAUAAAUGCGAAUUGCCCACAGCCGCCGACCGCAGCCCCGCCCACCGCCGGCAAUGGCGGCCUGAUGGGCGAACUCAACAAUAUACAAACCAUCAAAUCGCUGGCCAGUGCGGUGCCCGUGGCCGUCGUCUCCAUACCGCCGCCAUCCAGCGAUGGCCUGCCGCUGCCCACGCCAACUGUGGGCGUGGCCGCACCACUGCCACCACCACCCAGCAAUCUGAACAGCAAUGCUGCCAAUUAUCACAUGUAUCACGCACCACCGCCGCCGCCGCCACCUGUGGUGCCGUUGCCGCCAUAUGCGGCCAAUGCCUGGACACAGCAGCCGCCGCCGCCGACGCACUACAGCACGGCGGCGCCGCCACCGCCAAUGCCGCCCAACAUGGGACCAGGACCGCCGGGCGGCGGUCCACCUGGCUAUUACAAUGCUGGCCGCCAGCAGCAGCAACAACAACAACAACAACGCUAUCAGUAA